AUGACGAGGAAAGCGAUGAGUAAUCUUUGCUGCGUCGCCAAAACGCCGUCGAAUCACCAACCUCCUCUUAUGUUAACCCCUCGCCAGAGUUUGGAAUCGGCGGCUAUCUACGGAGUCAUCGAGUCCGCGGCGGACAUAAUCGAGAGAUGGAACACGGAGAGCUCCACUUUCGCCAGAGUAACUUCCAUGUUCUACGAGAACAAGCCGGAAGCCAUGGUGUUCAUCGAUCGAGUGAAGGAUCUGCAGAAGACGAUGGAUCUGCUGGUGAGUGAAGAUCCCAACUCGGAGAGGCUCAUGAGAGCGCAUAAGCUGAUGCAGAUCGCGAUGAAGAGGCUCCAGAAGGAGUUUUACCAGAUCCUCUCGAUGAAUCGCGCUUAUCUCGAUCCAGAAUCCGUCUCCACUCGAUCUUCUCUUACCUCAGCCAGAUCUAGCUACUCCGAUUUCCCCGACGACGAUGACUCACACUCCGCCGGUGACACAAUCGUGGAAGUGGAGGAGGUUUCUUCCAGCGCCAUGGCGGAUUUAAGAUCCAUCGCUGAGUGUAUGAUCGCUUCUGGUUACGCCAAAGAGUGUGUGAGCAUUUAUAAAAGCAUCAGAAAAUCGAUCAUCGACGAAGGGAUUUACCGUCUCGAAGUGGAGAAAAUUAGUACAGCGAAGGUGAGGAGAAUGUCAUGGGAGGUGAUCGAAUUGAAGAUCAGAAGCUGGUUAGAGGCGGUGAAAGUUUCCGUCGAGACUCUCUUCAAGGGGGAGAAGAUUCUAUGUGAUCACGUCUUCGAAUCCUCUAGCGCAAUUAGAGAGUCCUGCUUCAGUGAAAUCUCGCGAGAAGGAGCUCUUCUUCUGUUUGGAUUCCCUGAAAAAUUUGCUAGUAGAAUCAGCAAGAAAAAUUCUCCACCGGCGAAAAUUUUCCGGCUGCUGGAUAUGUACACCGCGAUCGCCGGAAACUGGCGGGCGAUCGAAUCAAUCUUUGCGUUUGAGUCAAGCUCCGUCGUCCGAUCUCAAGCACUUAAAUCUCUGAUCGCUCUUAGCGAUUCGAUUCGAUCGGUACUUGUGGAUUUCGAAUCCGGAAUCCAUAAGGACUCGUCGAAGGUGGUGGUUCCAGGCGGAGGAGUACAUCAACUGACGGUCUCCGUCAUGAGUUAUCUAUCUCUCCUCGCCGACUACAGCAACGUACUAGUUGACAUCAUCGCCGGAUCUCCGCCACCGGACAGAUCGUUGCUUCCGGAGUCUUACUUCAACGUCUCGGAUUCCGACGACUCGCCGUCGUCGGAGCUCACGAUCCGAUUCGCGUGGCUCAUCCUCGUCCUCCUCUGCAAAAUCGAUCGUAAAGCAAAUCACUACAAGGAUUGCUCCGUGCAGUAUCUCUUCCUCACCAACAAUCUACAGCACGUGGUCUCACGCGCUCGUUCCUCGAACCUGAGGCAACUCCUUGGCGACGACUGGGUCACGAGGCAUUUCGCUAAGGUGAAGCAAUUCGCCGACAGAUACAAGCGACUCGCGUGGGGCCCAGUGCUAGCGUGUUUACCUGAGAAUCGUACGGUGGAAAUGUCGCCGGAGGAAGUGAAGGAGCGGUUUGAAAAAUUCAGCGAGAGCUUCGAGAGGGCGCACGGUAAACAAAGCGCGUGCGUUGUACCGGAUACCGAUCUACGAGACGAGAUUAAACUGUCGAUAGCGAGAAAGCUGGUGCCGGCUUAUCGCGAGUUUUACAACACUAGAAGUUCUGUUAUCUUGGCGGGAGCCGGUGGCGCGAGAAAACUGAGAUCUGUUGUCCGAUUUACCCCUGAAGAUAUUGAAAACCGUUUGUCUGAUUUGUUUUUGGAUGAGGGUAUUUCGGAUAACUCUUACGAUUCCUCCUCUCGUUCGUCUUGUCAGUCACGGCCAUCCACAAAGUAA